AUGGCAAGCCAGUCGUUCUGGACCGGUUUGGAAACUGCUGCCGGCAGAAUCAUUGAUAUCGAUGCAAACAGUUUUUGGAGGCUGCUGCCACAAGUCCUCGAAGAAAUUGCCAGCGCCGAGUAUGUUUCGUUUGACCUGGAAAUGACCGGUAUUCGUGUCAAGAACGGUCUCUCAAACAGGCAAGACAAGUUUUCGGUCGAUGAAUAUUAUGCUGCUGCCUGCGAAGUUGCCCAGACUUUUCAGAUCAUUGAGUUCGGAUCCUACGGAUGGACUGCCUACAACUUCCGGCUAGCACCCUGGUACCUAGGUGACAACCGAACUCAUCUAGCACUGGCCAAAUUUCUUGACCGUCGAUACACUCUGUCCAGCAACAGUUUUAGAUUUCUCAGAGACAAUAGAAGGGAUGACAUUACGUCACUGGCCCUUGAGAGUGGUAUCAUGUACCUAAGCAGACAAGAGACUGAAGAGGCGUACAAAUACUUCAUCGAUCCUGAUAAGAAGGUGCGGAAUCUGAUCGAUCUCAACAAAGAAAGCUUGGAAGCCAAAUUGUUUUACGACUGGUUACGGAGUGCCAUUACCUUGUGGCUCCGGGAUCCCCACAAACUUGAGUGGCUCAAUAUUGAAAAUCCUCGCGGGGAGAGCCUCAGUAACUUGCAACGCCGUCUUGUGUAUCAAAUUUUGGAGUCUGAGUUCAGCUAUGACUAUCUACGCGCAGUCCCGAAGUGCAACAAUAGUUUUAUGCAAAUCACUCAGAAAGGCGUUGAUGCGGCCGAGGAGACGGUGAGGCCCCCUCAUCAGAAUAUUUUGGCCCAGGUCCAGGCUGACCAGAGCCAGGCAAUGCUCCAGCGCAUAAGUGAGCGCAAGGCAGCAAUCAGAGAACAGACAGGAUUUCGAUUUGUCUUUGAAGCUCUCAUCGGCGGCGAUUUCGCAGAUGAGAUUGAUCUCGGGCUCCUGCUGACUCCCGAAGAAUAUCGGACUGAAGGGACUGCGACAGAUACCAGGGCUAAGCUGCGAGCGAUCGAAGCUAAAGCCAAAGCGAGAGCCAGAAUCACUAUCGGCCACAACUCCCUCUUUGAUCUCUGCUUCAUGUAUCAUUCUUUCAUCGGAACACUGCCUACUGACCUUCAGCAGUUUAAGAUUGAUAUACAAGCCAUGUUUCCUCGAUAUGUCGACACAAAAUACAUGGCAACACAGGAUGCCAAAAACAUCGAAGUUGACCAACCACUUGGAGAGCUCUACUGCACAGUACAGUCACAAGAGCUGCCCUUGUUUCACCCAAAGGCACCACUGUGUCGUGGUAGCCAUCAAGCGGGAUAUGAUACCCCCCGCUGCCCUCCCGAUGCUCCAAGGCAAUCAAAUAUACUGCUGAGACAUCUGUCGUCAGCGCCCGAACUUCUUACAGCAGUCAAUAGCACCACUUUCACGGUGCCUGCUGCCCAACUGGACUUGCUGGAUUUGACAACAGUGCGCGAUGGUGUCUGCAGCGUCACUGGGCCCUUCUCGCUGUUGGAUCAUCAGGAUGGUGCGAAAUCGCUGCGGCCUCGCGAGGGCAGCCUAAUAGAUACCGAUGCUCUCGAAAUAGUCGAUGCUGUCCCUUUGAUACCAGCUCGUGGCUCUAGGUCGACAGACUGCUCAGUUGAUAAAAAACUUGUGAUCGACGAAGAAGUUUCGACUGACGCUCACCGGAUUGAUGGAUGGAACUCGCCCAUUUUUCGGCUUGUUGGGAGCAGGCUUCGCGCAGCCCAAGGUGUCAUCGAUCCUGCUUCCUGA